GAAACUCGCGUAGACGAUAAUACUAAAUGUCGAGCGUUAAAUAAGAGCGAAGCCGAUGAGUUUAAAGCUGAUCGAAUCGCUUGUCAACAGAAGCAAAAAGGGAGAAACGUACGCUUGCGGCGGCCCUGAGAAACGACAUUGUCGGAGUGAGUGCUGAGUCACAUAUCGCCAGCGAUCUCUCUCUCAGCAAGGUGUACUAGUUUGUUCUCCGUGAAAUGCACUCUAUUGUAUUAAUUUAACGUUAUCAUCGUCAGGAUUAUAACGUCGCCGGAGCAAGAUGAUUUAACGAAAAAGGUUACUGGCGCUUGCCGCGGGCCUCGAAUAGCUAUCAGGAAGAAAUUGAAAAUAGUUCGAGACCCGGUAUCACAUCAAUGGAUCUGUCAAUUUCAACCAGUUGAUCGAAUUGUAACGUUCCAUAAUAACUGGCCUGGCGUGACAACAGGAGAAAAGUGUCGCCACUGAUCUAACGGAUUACUAUCUGGGAUUGUCAAAUAAAAUUUGAGGCGCGCGUGGGUCGUACGCGGGGUGCACCGAAGUUUGACGUGGCUAGUGUGUGUUUUGAGGUUAUUUUUAUAUCCGAGUAACUGACCUAUACUUGUUUAAAGAGAACCUCCGAAUCUUUAUUUUCAUUCGGACUGUCUAUCGAAUAAGUUGCUCCAGCAGCGGCUCCAAGAACUGUGUUUCGUAACUUCAUUGAAAAUCCAUGUUCGUCUCAUUAAACGUGAGAAACAAGAAAUCGGAAGUGCGAAACUCGGAGGAAAAUAUAUGAACUGAAGAAUCGUUUUGGAUUCUGUGUGCAAAGUGAAAAAUAAUAUAACAUAAUCUAGUGUGAUUUAAAUGAUUAAGGCACGCGUAGCUGUACAAAUGCUAUUCAGUGCUUAAUAUUAAUCGAGCUAAAGCUUCGAUAUGAACUGCCGUUUUAUCAUGACAUCUGACAAAGUUUUUAUACGUAAUAUCCCUGCCAGGCCUCUGUGACAAUACAUUAAUUUAUUAUUGGCCGUGAAUAUAUUUAACAGCUAUAGGUGAUCCAACCGAAAGACGACAAAAUGUUAUGCUUAAAGAAAUUGUACAGCGAAGAACUGUUUCAGCUCGCGCUGUUACUGUCUUUGCUACGAGUAGAUCCGGAAGCCUACUUCGGUUUGGAUGUACAAACCAUCGGCGUAGGCUCUUUGGAUUUAAACAAUGGCUCCGGAUGGCAUACCGACGCGCACACAAUUGUCCAUCGACCUAUGUUCGUUCAUCCAAAAAAUCUAGACUCGGUGUUGCUCAACUAUGAAAGAGAUUUAUUCGAAGAUUUGAAUUCGCUAGGAAGAUACAAUAGAAUGAAUUCUGGAUUAAACGACAUCCAUGCGUAUUUGUUGAAUGUCGAAGAAACAAGAAGAGAUACUGCUGUAGCAGGACCCAGUAUUUUGACAGAUUCGAAUAGAAAUGUGACAUCACCCGAUCCGCCAACCUCUUUGCAAAAUCCCGAUGAACCAGCUGCUACAGCCGAACUUACCCAAGAGGACAUGGACCUAAUCGAGGUGCUCUGGAAGCAAGAUGUGGACCUGGGUUUCACGUUGGUGGAACCAACUGCCACCACGAAAAAAGCGUCCACGUCGGAAAAAGGAACCGAGGAUGACAUUGAAAAACUGAAAGCGCUGGAGGCGAUCAAUGCGAACGACGAGAAGAAAGAUACGAAGGAGUUCGAUUCACAAGAAAAUGAUCCGUGGGCAGGUCUUCCUUACACCGUCGAUCUUGAAACAGGUGAAUAUAUUCUCAGCUCCGGCAAUCAAGGCGGCAGCGGAAGCAACGAGGCCGACGAGGACGAUCAGCUGCUCGGAGACACGUCGCUGGAUUUAGAUAAUCAUCCUCUAGCCGGGUUAACAGAUGAUUCUUUGGGAUUAACCGACACCUUAGAGCUCGAGAAUGAUUUCCCUUCGGAUCUACUCGGAGGUGGCCUCUUAGGCAGUGCCGGCGUUGAAGGUCUCCUCAACAACGACACCCUCGAGUUCUCCGACGGGUUCAAUCUCGAAGAAGCGCUCCAGCUUGUUGACCUCGAUGAGGUUCAAACAGAGGAAACGAAGCCGGAAGUGAAGAAGAAGAAAGAGGACACCGCCGAAGAGUCCGAGACCGCGAAGGGUGAAACGGCUGUUACAACCUCGAGCAACGUCGAGGUCGCAAAGUCAUCCAGGUGCGAGGAUCCUGAGACUGGCGACAUGAUUCACACACCACAAUUUCAUCAUCCUCAUCAUCCGCACCAUCGUUCCUUCCAGGGUCGCAUGCCAUUCGUGCGUGCAAUGAGCAUGGAACAACGGUGGCAAGAUUUGGCAUCUCUUCUGUCACUACCCGGUGCACCAGACCAUUUUGCACAUCCUGCGCAUCCUGCACAUCCUGGGUACCCUGGCCACGGUAUAAGUCACAGUCAUUAUGAGGCGCAGCGUAACGUACUGCUUCAUAAUGCCACUUUGGCACCACCCGUGGGUGAUCUUAAUUCCACGAGCCCCUACCAUAAUGUGGGUGGAUCAUCGAACCUGGGUUCAGCCGUGGCAACAUCAAUGAAUUUGACAAACAGUAGUGAACCGAUGGGCGCAGAAAGCGGAGCUACAUAUAAAUCUGAACCCGGAGAUAUGAUGUACUAUCACACACCAACCUCAGACUCGAUUAAUCAAACCACCGACGGUUUUCUUUCAUCCCUACUUAACGAUGAGGACUUGCAUCUGAUGGACAUGGCCAUGAACGACGGCAUAUACACUAUGCGCAUGUUGGACAAUGGCAGCAACAAUGCUUCUGGUCCAACGGGAGCAACGGCCCUGUCAGCAGUUCAGACAACCGGCGGUGGUACGACCUCUUCGGCAACAGGCGUUACAACACUUCCGGGUGUGACAGACGAAAGAAUGGAUGCAUCCAGCGAUAGCGCAGUGAGCAGCAUGGGCAGCGAACGAGUACCAUCCCUCUCGGAUGGCGAAUGGAUGGAAACUGGAUCUAAUUCUAGCCACACGCAGGCUGAUUCCCAUUAUUCUAUGGACUAUGCUAGCAAAUACCGAAUGUCCUACGACUGCAGCUACUCCGUUUCCGGACGAAAUGGCGGUUCCCCGAGAUGCCAAACGGAACGCACCAUGCCUCCGGUUGCCCAGAAGAAGCACCAAAUGUUCGCGAAACGAUAUUUCCAAGAACAAGGAUCGCCACUCGGAGCCACAGCGCAUCCGACUACCCCGAUGAAAUAUGAAUACGACACGCAUACAGUCGGCGCUGGUGCACCAGGAAAUGCAUACUCGGGGCCAAUCGAGGGUGCAACCGGACCGCAGCCCGAAAUGAAGUACAGCUGCAGCGUGGACUUCAGUCGGCAUCAAUCAGGACGUUCUGCUAUUGAACAUAUUCACCAUAAUCACACGUAUCAUUUACCUGCGGAAAGUUCUGGGUCCCUUCAACGUCCAGUGUCUCGAGACAAAAAAGUGCGUAAAAGUGACAGCGAGGAACAUCUGACUAGGGACGAGAAAAGGGCAAGAGCAUUGAACGUGCCGAUUCCAGUGAACGAUAUUAUUAAUUUACCUAUGGACGAAUUUAAUGAACGUCUUAGUAAAUACGAUCUCAGCGAAGCACAGUUAUCUCUGAUACGCGACAUAAGAAGACGAGGCAAGAAUAAAGUUGCUGCUCAAAAUUGCCGCAAACGUAAACUAGACCAAAUUAUUAGCCUUGCCGAUGAAGUGAAGGAAAUGAGAGACCGUAAAAUGAGACUUAUUCGCGAGCACGAGUUCAUGCUUCUCGAGAGGCAACGUGUGAAGGACAAAUUUAGCCAACUUUACCGUCAUGUAUUUCAAUCUUUACGGGAUCCUGAUGGAAAUCAAUAUCAUCCAUACGAGUACAGCCUUCAACAGUCUGCAGAUGGAAAUGUAUUGUUAGUGCCAAGAAAUCAGACAAAUCCUCAUCACCCGCGUUCUACAACAAUGGAACCGAAAACGAAACCUAACCCGGAGCAUAAGGAAUGAAAUUAUUAUGAAAUCGUCGUGUUUAAAAUACUAUUUUCCUCCUACGUUGAACACACUUAAAGUGUUAUACACGAAGGCAAACGCGGUGCUGCGAACGCAAUUAUUUAAAGUUGUUAAAUACAAUAAUAUAAAAACGAUCCACUUUAAAAACAAAGUUCAAUAUGCUUAACAUUCGAUAUAUCGUAUAUCAUAUUUAACAACGAAAUUUUUUAAAGUCAACCUAGAAACUCACAUUGAGUUAUAUCUCCUUUUGCGACUGGAAAAAAUAAUCAUCAAACUUAGAAACAGUGAUUGUACAUAUAGUAACAUAAAAUAGCUAUGCUAUGAAAAGAAUGGUAGAUCCUCCUCUAAAGUUUUAUGUUACGUUUCAAUUUCUUAUUUAUUACAUUGAUGAAUGAUACAAUCAUAGAAUGUUUCUUAAAAAAAAAAGAAAGAAAAAUCUAUUAUACAGCACAUGUUCAAAUUAUCACCUUUUGUAUGGUACAGUCCACGAGAAUAUUGUUGUAAUAAUUCGAUUAAAAUAAUUUUCUUUUUUUGUUAUUCUUUUUCUUCCAGUAUAAGUGAAUUAUGCUUGUUAAUUUUACAGAGCUCAUAUAUGUGCGUGUACGUUUUUUUACAUGCAGCGAUUGCAUUAUAUAUAAUUAAACAUGGUUCCCUUGUUCGCAAGAAAGCGUAACACACAUUUCGACGCGAUUGUUAUGACUACAAAAAUAAUAAUACAAUUUAACUAAUACAUAGUUCAGAUUGAAAUUAAGUAUUGACAAUCGUAUCGAAAUGUGAUUGUGGUAAUUUUAAUCUACCGAAUGAAGUUAUUCGUAAAAUUGUUUUAACUUUACUAAGCAUUAGUGCUUAUAUGCACUUUUUUUGGUAAAAUCGACUAAUAAACUGCAUCAAGUAUGUCAUACAUAACUCGAUGGAAGUGAAAAGAAAUACGAUGAAACUAUGCCAGUAGACGAACACGUUUUUUGUUAUUACUUAUACACUUAUGUGGUUCUAAGAUCUUUAUAAUUUUAAUGGCAAAAAUGUAAGAAAUGUGUAAUGCAACAUUAAAUCUGCAUUUAAAAUGGAAAUAAAGUGAAACGGAACAAUUAAAACAAUAAAGGGCAAAUGUCUGAGAUAUUGAAAUAUAA